CAAGCAUGGUCAAUGUUAACAGUUAAUUUGGAAUCUGCUUGAAAUUCUCUUUGAUUUUGACGUAAAUAGUUAACUCCUGGCUCUUUAUAGUCUCCUUGGAUCAUCUAUGAAGAUGUCUGUCUCAGAAUUAGGCUAAUUUACUGGGCUUCGCCUCUUCAAGAGGCGGGGAAAAAGUCCAAUCUUCAUCAGUCUGAGAGGAUUGGAUGAGAAUACGUGAACAAACCUGCCUGAAAAGUUGUUUACGAACUCCGGAAAGAGUCAAAAAUGAGUGAAAAGUUUUCGCUACGCACAACUUUAUACGUGGUGAAGUGCUUAAUGGGCUUAAAGUAGCUAAAGUAUGCUGUCUUUUAGACAAAGGUUGAGGGAAAGAUGGCAUAGAGGAGGUGAAAAUGUCGGGACUGGUGAAGAAGGUGAUGAAUCUGCAAUCCAUCUUCGAGUUGGAGAAGGAACGCCAGACAGUACUCUAAAUGGAUCGUCACAAACUUCAUCUUUAAGUGAACAAAAAAUUUCAGAAGAAACGUCUGCGGAAAUGCUACACUUUAUCGUGGAUUUUGUAGGUUCUUCUGCGAUUUCUGAAGCCCAGUCGGUUCAAAUUCUCUCGGAGACUUUAAAACGAGUGAAGAAACAACAACUACGUGCAAUGAGAGUGGAUUUUACUAUCAGAGAUGGGAUUCUUAAAGUCAGUUGUGUUGAAUCCAACGCGUUAUUAUUAACAGCUCCGCUUUAUGCUAUAGCUCUAUGUGCCCAGGAACAACUCCGUGGAUUUGAUAACUGUUUUGCUUUAAAUAUUACGAGAAAGAGAACGCAUAUGUGCCAUGUUUUCCAAGCAGGAUCCUGUUUAGAGGCAGCUAGUGUAGUUCGCUCUGUUGCAGUGGCUUUUAAGACAAUCGGUCGUUUAUUGCGGGAAAAGCGAGACAAGGAGCAGAGACAGAAACGAUCAACAUCCAUAAGCAGUGCCGACAGAACACGAACAAACUCUGAAGCUUCUACAGUCACAUCUGUUGAAGAAGCUCUCCGUGCGUCUCAGAGGCGGCACAAGCUUUUCCGAGAGAAAAUGGACAGGGAAUCUGUCAGCGAAUCUGUCAGCGUGGGUUCAUCUUCAAGAAUAUCGCCCCGAUCAAAACAGACACGAAGUUUUCCUAAGAGUAGCACAAGUCCGUUUAUUUUGCGGCACACUGCUGGAAUGCAUUCCUCUGGACGUCAUGUAGAGUUUUCAGCCUUGUCGCCUGUUCCGUCAGAUAGCAGUGACACGGAAGGGGCUGCACCAGUAGUGCCUGUCAACAUUGAACCCUCAGAAAACAAUGAAGAAACGGAGUCCAAAUUGAGUCCAAAAAGCUCACCAGACAUAAGGGUCACUGUUGAUGUGCACUCAGGACCACCUUUUGAAGAGAAAGAACAAAUUCCUGAUGCAAGGGAACUAGUUGCUAAAACAGCUUCAAUUUCCCAACUAGAGGAGGGAAAUGCUGAAGUAAAUGCAUCUAUGAAGGAGCAAGCUGGUACAACUAAAGAACCUGUUAGUCCGAGUGCUGAAUUAAGUUUACCCCUAACCUUAGAAACAAAUUUCUUCCUGGACGAGGAUGAGAACUUCAAGCCUGCAUUAGAAGCUGUUCUAAGGGGAGAUGUGGCAGCAGUAGAGAAGUAUCUUGAUAAUGGCAUGUCUGAAAAUGCUAGCGACAAUAACCAGAAGAGCUUGCUAUUCCAUGCUGUUUCAAUGGGACAGGCAGAAGUAGCUCAAUUCUUGUUGCGACGAGGUGCAGAAGUGAACUGGGAGGGACCUGAAGACAAGACACCACUGCAUAUAGCAGCAACCGAGGGAAAUAGAACUGCGACACAGAUGUUACUAAGUUAUGGAGCUAAUGUCAGAGCUAAGGAUAAUGCCUUCUGUACGCCAUUACAUUUGUCAGUUGGUUGCAAGCAGAACCUUGAAGUUUCUCAUCUGUUGGUAGAACAUGGUGCCAGGAUAAAUGAUAAUAGUCUGCAAGGAGUACGACCUGUUGAUCUGGAACCUCAACUCAAAGAAAUGCAGCGUCUCCUUGUCCAAUCAGCUUGUGAGGCGUUCACAGCAGCCGACCUGUCCAAAUCUCGCUCCAACUCCAACGCCUCAUCCCACAACCAACCAACGGCAGCAGGAAGCUUUCGUUCAAAAGCCGCUUCCAACCAAUCCCCAAGACUUGAACGCAUCAACUCACUACGUAAUGGACGUCUGUCAUCUAGCAUGUGUUCUAUCCCCAGGGGGGGUCUAGUGAGGAGUAGUACUGAGGGUGCUCGAGGGAUUAAAAGAUCUGAGAGCAUACAUGUUUCACGUAUGUUAAGUCCUCAGCUUGGUAGAGGAAAACGACCUCUACGGAGAUCGCUUAGUUUCCAACGAUACCCCGCUGACCAUAAAUUUCAACUUGAAAUUAAUGCAAGAAUAGAAGCCAAUCUACGAAUGAAUACCACUGAUUCUCAUGGAACAGAUGAAAAACAUGGAAAUGAUGAUAAUUAUAUUCCCCAAGUCACGAAAAAACGCUCCAAUAGUGAUCUUGCUCGAUACAGCACUGAGAAAGUACUCCCUUGUCCUGAGGAUGUGAUGGAUUUGACUAAAAAUGACGACGGUUUGAGUAUUGCUGGUAAUGUUGCUGCGGGUGGAAAGGAAAGGAAGGAUGACACAGUAGGUGGAGUAGAAAGACCUGUUUCACCGGCUAAUAUUGGUCUGGAAAGGAAAAGAAAAGCGAAAAGUGUUAGACAGCAUAGUAUUGAGUCAGAACAUUCAGGGGGUGGUCACCACAGUUCAGAGUGUGAAGACAGCUCUUACAUGAGUUCUACUUCCCAUGGCAACCGUGACGAGGACCCUAUCAUCGAGGCACUUAAAUCUGUUGUGUUACUCUCUGGUAACCCUGAGUGUCACGCAAGCCUUUUAGCUUAUCUAUGUCUACCCAGGGCUUCGUCACAACUCAUUAGUCUAUCACACAUGCCAAUGUUGACGGCAAUGGUUGCAGAAAAUAUCGCGCUAUUAAUUGGGAACUUGUUUAAUCUCGAAGGACCAGAGAGUCGGAAACGAUCUGUCGAAGCAGGACUCAUAAAAACAGUUUUAAAGCUCGUAGAUGGUGUAGAACCUAUACAGAGCACUUGUCUAUCCAUUUUACAUAACAUCCUCGACUUUGAUAACGAUCGAGAGUAUUCAGCGGCAUUACAAAGUAUUCCUGUAGAACCACUACUUAAUCUCUUACACAUCAGUGACAACGACAGCGCCUUUGACAUGCGAGCAACAGACUCUCCGCCGCCUUACACUGCAGCUAUUGAGCGUGGACGUCGCAGGAAGGCUAGCACUUGCAGUAGAGGUUCUCAUGAUGAUUGGCAUAGCCACCGAGAGCUGUCACCUGGGAGUGUACAGAGGAAUAACUCAGGGGCUUCUGAUGGACGUCCUGAGAUGCGGCGAAUCUUCCAGAAAAGAAGUAGUAUAUCAAGCAUGGCGAGCUCUGCUGAGGGGGAUCAGUACUCGCUGUACAGCUCUUAUGGUCACGGCCAUCUCCCCUGGUCUAACCUUUGCCCAGACAUGUAUAAUAAGAACCUUCCAAGACUCGUUGCGACCAAGAUGUUGGCUGCUACAACUAUGAACGCCAAGAUGCAGAAAGAGCUCGGCAAAGAGCGGCCUAUGACGCUGAUGCUGGAGACUCUACAAGAUAGUAAUCAUGAUAUUGUGGUGUAUACGACGGCAGCUCUUGCUAAUAUUGCAAUGAAUAUUGAUAACCAUAUGCAGAUGAAGAAUACAGGGUGUGUCGAUGCAAUGAAACAUCUUCUUAGCAACAGCGACCCAAGGAUCACAUACCAUGCUGCAAGGUGUCUUAUCUAUCUUGGUCACAUGGAAGUGAAUGGUAUAUAUCUUUUCAAGCAUAUUACUAGGGAAGACAAGAUUGAUGUGAUAUUUGCCGAUACAACAGGCUCUGAACACCUAUAUGUCAAGGGAGCAACAGUCGAGAAGAUAGUAGAGAUAGCGACCAACAACCCUUCCAUUCUCUGGGGUGGAACUCGUUUACAGCCCUCUUCUCCCAAAGGAAGCAAGUCUAAUCAGGAGAGAAAGACCAACACCAGGACCAACGGCACUAGCAACAAAAAGGCCACAGAUGACCAGAUAGUAGACUUCAUUCUGACUAUGUAUCCAAGCUUUGUUCAUCCUAUUAUCUUCAUGAGGUUGCUCAUUCACAGGUUUAGAGACCCUUGGUUUGAUAAGUAUUUUGAUGGUGACCCGACAACUGGACAGAUUGAAGAGUAUGGACCACUGCCUAUUGUACAUAUACACCUGAUGAGACUGUGGAAGACCUGGUUGGAUAAAUACCCUGAACAGUUUAUUACAUACCCAACGUUAGCAUCUGAGCUUAGUUGCUUAUUCUUGCCGAUGAAAAGAGCAGGGGGACCAUAUCUACCAUGUGCUGAGAGCUUGGAGAACUUACUUGUUGGCCUGGAGGACUACAGUCCAGGAGCAAAAAAGGACGACAGUCAGCUGAUAAAUCAUUGUCAUCACUCUCUUCUCUAUGCACAGUGUCAGAAGGCUAUAGUCAGUGGAGGACAACCAUGUCAAGUAGAUGAUGCGGUGUACUUGUCGGCUUUACAGCUCUACAUUGAGGACUUGUCGCCCAUGGAACAGAGAGGAAGACAGUGGUUCUUCCAAGGGUCUAGUCCAGAUAAGCUACCAGUUUCUAGAAUGAAACAAAGUCUACCUCAUUCCAUGUACAAAGUGAAGAACAUCGUUAAGAGGAUCAAAACACAACGCGAGCGCUUCAUCAGCGAGAAUCUUUCAGAGCGAAAUGCGAAGCAUAACUACGUGGAUUGUUGUCAGAGUAUCGCAGGGUAUGGCUGUCGAUUCUUUAAACUCAAGGAAUGUCAAGGGACGAACACCAGGAAGAAUGCAUACGUGAAUCGUCUGUUUGGUAUCAACCCAAACAAGGUUAUUCUACUGGAUGAGAAGACCAAGUCCAUUAUUGGUCUAUGGCAGUUCAAGGACAUCAAGAGAUGGAAUCCUACCAGUGAUAACCUAAGACUACAAUUUCACUUCACCAAUCAGCAGUUCGAGUUUCUUUUGGAUAACAAAAGUUAUUACAAGGAAAUCACAGAGUUGUUGUUCAACUGUACAAGAUCUAACCUCGAGGCACUUGGUGAAAAAGACUUUUCUCCAUGGAGCAAGUACGCAGAGGACACAGAAACAUGGGGCCCUGUGGCCCUCGCUCAUGAGACCGAGCACCAGAUACCAGAAAACGCUAGAGACGACACAGAAAAUGGUCCCAUGGCUCGCUCCAGGGCCGUUUCUUGCAUCAGUGCUCAACAGACGCGUAGAAGAACGUUCCAGAGGCAUGUGUCUAUAGACGAGAACUAUUCCACUUCGGCACCUUUUCCUGGGUAUAAUUUAGGCCCUGGUGAAAGAGGACCUGUUGGGCCCCAGACGAUUGCUCCUGUCUUGGCUGCUACAGCUUCAUCUAUAUCUCCCUUGAGUGGUUUAUCACUCCAGAGUACCCAUCAUUCAUUGCAAUCUUCAGAUGAGCUUCAGAUUGGCUCCCUACAAAGCACGCCAGCUACGUCACUUCGUGGUAUGUCCAUGACAUCAAAGGGUUCAUGGGAUGCUAGUACUGGUGUUGGUCGACCUAAGCGUGACAGUGUCUCCAGAGAAAGUGAAGGAAGCGUCGAAAGCUCCCCAACAGAACUUCAGAACUUCCUAGACCCAAACCUCUCCCUAAAAUCCAACGACAUAGUUAACCCAUCAGAACCACCUCGACAUCGCUACCUGUCCACAGGAAGCCCAAACACGUCAAUGGGCUCUCCCUCUCCAAGUUACUCAACAAAAGACCCCAGCCCUACACCCAGGGGAGGCGUUUGUGCUGAAAUGAACUUUGACGCAGAGAAUUUUAAUAGGAUAUUUGGGUUGAGCCCGCGGGGUCAGCUGCUGACCUGUCAUUGUCCACCAGAUCCUCAAAUGCCUGGGUUCGACAGGAGAAACUUUACGGUUUUCCAGCUGCUUGAACAUCCUAAAGAACUUGCGCGACAAAUAACAGCCAUUGAUCACGAAUAUUUCUGCGCAGUCACUGCUGAGGACAUUCAAAAGAAAGUUGCCAUGGGAACAGGGAAGAAGAGACACCCUGAGCACGAACAUAGACUAUUGGUGGAACGGGUUGCAGAUAGAUUUAACCAGUUGACCGCGUGGGUUGUUGCCAGUAUUCUCACCGAAGAAAGUCCUGAAAAACGAGCAACGAUAUUUAUCAACUUCAUCGAAACUGCCAAGCAAUGCCUCGAAUUUAGAAAUUUCAAUGCAGUAAUGGCCAUUGUGGCUGCUCUUGGUUCUGCACCAAUUCGACGACUCGGGAGAACAAAAGAGUUUGUACCAAAAGAGUUUCUAGAACAGUUUUCUAAGAUUGAGAUGCUGAUGGACGCCAAGGAUAACUACAAGAGAUAUCGUUCAACUCUUCGGUCAUCUCCGACUCCCACAAUCCCUUACUUUGGGAUCUACAUGAAGGAUUUAACAUUCAUAGCAGAGGGAAAUGCAGACUUCCUGAAAGGAGGACUGGUGAAUCUAAACAAGAGAAGACUGAUUUACUUAGUAGUCAACGACAUUAGAAAAUUCCAGAAGAAAUCUUAUAAUUUCCAAGAGGUCACUGAAAUACGUGAAUUCCUCCUCGACCAUAAGAUAAUGACCGAGGACGACUUGUACCUAAUAUCUCGAGAGCUUGAACCAACUCUCACCAGGCGUCACUCGGAACCGGAGAAGGACUCGCGUUCUUCUUCAAUCCCCCAACUGACGCGGUCCAAUACAGUUAGCAUAGCAACGGGAAAAGCACUGGUGAAAAGUUUGUCGCUAGGGGAAGAUUCGAAGUGCUGAUGUUAAUGACGCAGCUUUUAUUUUGUAUCUAAAUGAUACAGGGAUUAUGCCUCAGGACCUAAUAAUAAGUCGCACCAAAAAGUGGUCAUAAAAUGACGAAGUCAUAAAAUUAUGCCGUUACUAUGGCAACCGUUCGUUCCGUGAGCCCUUAAAAACGUUUAUUUAAACUUGACGCCAUCAUCAUUAGAUUAAUAAUUUCUUUAUCACAUUGGAUCAUCGUUUUUGUCCAAUCUUCUCUUGCUCUUCAAAAGACAUUGUCCUCGUUAGGCCAAUAAUAUUCUUGCCUUUCGUGACGUCAUUAUUGUUAGGCCAAUAUUCUUGCCUUUCGUGACAUCAUUUUUGUUAGGCCAAUAAUAUUCUUGCCGUUCAAGACGUCAUCAUCUUUAGGCCAAUAAUAUUCUUGGCUCUCACAAUUAUAUCUUGUCGAUCACUACGUCAUUAUUUUUAGACCAAUCAUAUUUUUCUCUCACAUAUCAUCGUUGAGCCAAUCAUAUUCUUGUCUGUUAAAAGAUGUCGUCAAGUAAUGCUCAAAAAAAUGGAAAAAAAA